AUGGCUGACACCAUCUUCAGCAGUGGGAAUGACCAGUGGGUUUGCCCCAACGACCGGCAGCUUGCCCUGCGAGCCAAGCUGCACACAGGCUGGUCCGUGCAUACCUACCAGACCGAGAAGCAGAGGAAGAGCCAGUGCCUCAACCCGGGGGAGGUGGAGACCAUCCUGCAGGUCAUCCAGAGGGCCGAGAGGCUUGACGUCAUGGAGCAGCAGAGGAUCGGGCGGCUGGUGGAGCGGCUGGAGACCAUGAGGCAGAACGUGAUGGGGAAUGGCCUCUCCCAGUGUCUACUCUGUGGGGAGGUGCUGGGCCUCCUGGGCAGCUCAUCAGUGUUCUGCAGAGACUGCAGGAAGCCUCAGCGGAUUGGUCAGCUCCAGCUGCAAGUGAUUUCCAGCGACACGGACAGCGAUUCAGAUCUCAGCUCCUCCAGCCUGGAUGACAGACUCCCAUCCACUGGGGUUAGGGACCCAAAAGGCGACAAACCCUGGGGAGAGUCAGGUGGCAGCACAGAGUCCCCCAGGAUGGGGCCAGCCCGCUCACCCAGCCAUCUCUCAGGGAGCCAGAGCAGCCUGGCCAGCGAGACUGGGGUGGCCUCUGUAGACCCACAGGGGAGUACCCCACCCAGGCCUGACCCAAAGGGCAUAGGGUGUGCGAGUGGCGGGAGCCCGGAUAGCCCAGGCCGCCGGUGUGAGUGCGCGCGGGGUCCCGGGCCGGCGUGCGCGCCGGUGCGAAAGCGAGUGAGUGUGGCGCCGCUAGGCUCGCUCCGCUCGGUGCCCGCCCGCGCAGCCCGCGCACUCACACUGCUUGGUUGCUACCGUGUGACGCGGCCUGGGCCCGCCCCCUGCCUGCCGGCCCCUGGCACUCACUCGCGCCGGCCGCCGCCGAGCAGGCAGCUGCGGCGUCAGGGCCGUCCGGGGGCGCCGCCGGACGACGAAGAGGAUGUCGACCAACUCUUCGGAGCCUACGGCACCAGCCCGGGCCCUAGCCCCGGCCCCAGCCCCGCGCGGCCGCCAGCCAAGCCGCCUGAGGACGAGCCGGAUGCCGACGGCUACGAGUCCGACGACUGCACUGCCCUGGGCACACUGGACUUCAGCCUGCUCUAUGACCAGGAGAACAACGCCCUCCACUGCACCAUCAGCAAGGCCAAGGGUCUAAAGCCGAUGGACCACAAUGGGUUGGCGGACCCCUACGUCAAGCUGCACCUGCUGCCAGGAGCCAGUAAGGCAAAUAAGCUCAGAACAAAAACUCUCCGGAACACUCUGAACCCCACAUGGAAUGAGACCCUCACUUACUACGGCAUCACGGACGAAGACAUGAUCCGCAAAACCCUGCGGAUCUCCGUGUGUGAUGAGGACAAAUUCCGCCACAAUGAGUUCAUCGGGGAGACACGCGUGCCCCUGAAGAAGCUGAAACCCAACCACACCAAGACGUUCAGCAUCUGCCUGGAGAAGCAGCUGCCGGUAGACAAGACGGAAGACAAGUCCCUGGAGGAGCGGGGCCGGAUCCUCAUCUCCCUGAAGUACAGCUCUCAGAAGCAGGGCCUGCUGGUGGGCAUCGUGCGGUGUGCACACCUGGCUGCCAUGGAUGCCAACGGCUACUCGGACCCUUAUGUGAAAACUGUUUUUAGAAGACAGUCAGGAAACCCCUUUGGAGAGAAGUUCUGUUACGAGAUUAAGCAUGGAGACCUGGCCAAGAAGACCCUGGAGGUCACCGUCUGGGAUUACGACAUUGGAAAAUCCAACGACUUCAUUGGCGGCGUGGUUCUGGGCAUCAACGCCAAGGGCGAGCGCCUGAAGCACUGGUUUGACUGCCUGAAGAACAAGGACAAGCGGAUUGAGCGCUGGCACACGCUGACCAACGAACUCCCGGGGGCCAUGCUCAGUGACUGA